UCGAAAAUCAUAGAACAAGAAGACCCAGAUCGAUCCAGAUGAAAGCUGCUCCUCCAUUUUACCUCUCCUUCUAGUUUGGAUGAAGCUGAGCUCUGAGCGCAAUAACUGUUAAAGGACAGUUAAAACGAAGCUGCGAACACAGAUCAGGGGGCAGCAGCUCCAGCGGUGGUGGAUCACAGCAAUGGCGGACAUUUCUGAAGCAGUGAAAGAAGAGUAUAAAGAAUACAAGCUGGACGACAACAUCCUGGAGGCUGAUAUCCACCAGAUGUCGAUGGUUCAAGAAGGAGUUCCUGUAGGCCACAGACCUUGUGCUGACCUUCAUGACCCCAACCCCCAUGACAUAAAAGAGGAACAAGAAGAGGUCCAUGUCAGUCUGGGGGGACAGCGGCUCAAUGGGAAGGAAGUGAUUGAUGCCAUCCCGUUUUCAGUAACUGCUACUCCUGUAAAGACUGUCGACGAUAACCAGUCCCCUCUGUCCUCACAACAUUAUCCAGACCAAAUAAAAGAUGGGAUACAAAGUCAAGGAGAUAUGGCUGCUUCUUUUAAGAUGGAAGAUACUGAGGAGGAGGAAGGGAACACUAAUAUCAAGCACUCUGUCUCUGAGCUGCAACACUUAUCAGAUGCUGGACUUAAAACAAACCAUAUGGAUGGAGCUCCUCAGUCAGAUGGAAGUAUUAACAAGCCUUUUAGCUCUUCUGAAUUUGCUGAGCAUUUUCUUCACUAUUGCUUGCUUCAAAAAGACACGAUUGAUUCGAAAAUGGGGUCUUCAAGCUUGCAAGAUAAUACAAAUUUUACAGAGAAGAAGAAAGUGGACUCUGGAAAGAAAUUGCAGGAAGGUUUGAAAUUUAGUUGUGAUGACUGUGGUAAAAUAUUUGAUAGAAAACAAAACUUAGAGAUUCAUAGGCAAAUUCACACAGGACAUAAACCUUACGGUUGUGAUAUGUGUGUAAAAAGAUUUGGCCAUAAAGCCAAUUUGAAGGCCCACAUUAAAGUCCACAGAGAACAGAAACCUGUCUUUUGUGAUGUGUGUGGACGAAGAUGUAACCGAAAAGCAACUUUAAACAGGCACAUGAGAGUCCACACUGGAGAGAAACCUUAUUGUUGUGAUCUCUGUGGACAAAGAUUUAGCACCAAAGGAAAUUUAAACACACAUGUGAGAAUCCACACUGGACAGAAACCUUUCUGUUGUGAUCUGUGUGGACAAAGAUUUACUCAAAAAGCAACUUUAAACACGCAUGUAAGGAUUCACACAGGAGAGAAACCUUUCUGUUGUGAUAUGUGUGGACAAAGAUUUAGCGAUAAAGGAAAUUUAAGCAAACACGUGAGAACCCACACAAGGCAGAAACCCACAGGACAGAAGCCUUUCUGUUGUGAUCUCUGUGGGCAAAGAUUUGGUUAUAAAGGAAAUUUAAAAAUACACAUGAAAAGCCACUUAGGACAGAAACCUUUCUGUUGUGAUUUAUGCGGUCAAAGAUUUACCCGAAAAACAACUUUAAACACGCACAUGAGAAGUCACACAGAACAGAAACCUUUCUGUUGUGACAUCUGUGGACAAAGGUUUAAUGAAAAAUCAACUCUAAACAGGCACAUGAGAAUCCACACUGGAGAGAAACCUUUUUGUUGUGAUUACUGUGGACAAAGAUUCAAUGACAAGGGAAAUCUGAAGACACAUAUAAGAAUUCACACUGGGCAGAAACCUUUCCGUUGUGAUCUCUGUGGUCAAAGAUUUACCCAAAAGGCAACCCUAAACAAACAUAUGAGUAUACACACAGGAGAGAAACCUUUCUGUUGUGAUCUCUGUGGACAGAAAUUUAGUGAUAGAGGCAAAUUAAACAGACAUGCACGAGUCCACACGGGACAGAAACCUUUUGUGUUGUAAUUUCUAUCGGCAAAUAGUCAGCCAAAAGGGACAUCAAAAGAUUCAUUAUGGGUUCCAAUUCUUGCUUUAAAUGAUUAAAGCAAGAAUCCGCUAACCUGACAACAGCCAGAUGCAUGUCUAGCUCCGCCUAGCUCCACUCACAUACAUCUGGGAACCCGCCAUAGGAAUUGCCUUUACUGAAGGCUGGGCCUUAUCAAAACUUCUUGCAUAUGAUUGGAUAAGCCACUUGUCUGUCAUCUUUAUCGACGUGCUAUUUCAACCACUCACACCGAAGCUAACCCGUGACGCUGUGAGAGCUACGCAGGGAAAAAACAAAACAGAACAGCCGACAUCUUGGAUAUAGCAACAGUGGAAUCAGCGCAAUGUCGGUAAAUGAUCAAUGUCGUUUGUGCCAUGAAAAUGUGCUGAUAAGAGGCAACAUUGUGCACAGCAAACUUAUUUAAAAAAAAGAAGCCAACCAAAAAAGUAUAGAUGAACGACUUACAGAAAUCGCUUCUCCACUACGUCACAUCCAGGAAACACCCGCCCUGCGUCUUGAUUGGCCAGACCAUACAUUUGGUUGGGGAAAUCACUUUCAAUGAGCGGUGUCCCAGAUGUAUGUGAGUGGAGCUAGGCGGAGCUAGACAUGCAUCUGGCUGUUGUAAGAUUAAGAAUCCGCACCAAAACUGUACAAUUGCCUUUGACUGUGAAUCAUUUGUGCAUUAAAGGUAUUUGUCACACUUGA